AUGCUAAAUUACUUCCAGGCUAAUCGAUCAACAGCAGGAAUUCUUUUGUCAUCAAUGAUCUUCGUAACCAUUCCAAGUGUUGGAGUCGGCUUUGUUGAAAUGCUCGGCUAUUCGAUAUUCAAGAGAAUUGGCCCUUUCUAUAUUGUUGGCUUGCUUUGCGCAGGUGCAUGUAAUGCCAUUAUUUAUGUGGCUCUCAAUCGUGAUAUGCGGAAUUUGGCGAAAAGCUGUAUUUUACGUGUCGAUCCCGCAAGCAGGACCACAAUGACAUCCACGAAGAUUUUUUCGAUACCAAAAUCCCAUGCCUGA